GGGGCCUGCAAACCAAGUGCAUGCCGCCCUGCCCAGCAAAUGCCAAACGCAGACCACACCUGUCGUAGCUUGUAAGUUGUAUCAUCGCAAUUUGCAUGGUUUUCAGGAGAGGAGACUCUCCUCUCCUGUGAGCUGUGCAUUCUACACUGUACUAUGAAACAGAGGCUAGAGCACAACAGGGCGUCCUUCGAACCGCUUUGAAUGCUUUGACUGAAGGGAAGUUGCAAUGGGGGGCAGUGAUCCUCUUCUUCAGCAUCUGCUGCAGCAGCAGGCAGCGCUUCCUCGCCGCCCCAGCCCUGCUGAGCUCCAAGCCGCACGCCAAGGCAUUGCAGCAAUUGACCAGAGACUGGCCACCAACCUGGAGGAGCUGCUGGCGCAGCUGCCCCCUGAUGGCAUUGACUCUACCAACUUCAAGAAGCUUCAGGCUCUGAAGGAGGACUCCGCUCGCAAGACCGCCGACGCAGAGCGUGCGCCUCUGCAGGAGGUUCUCGACCUUGAUGCGCAGCACCAGCACUACCAGCGCCUCAUCGCCCAGGAAGAGGAGGCUCUGGUCAGCCAAACCCGUGCAAAGCCCGGGGCUAACCAGCCUGAGCCCUCCGGCAGUCAGAGUUUGGCCAAUCAGGAGGAGGCGCGGACCACCAAGCUGCUGCAGGCGAUUCAGAGGGCGCAGGAGAAGAGCUCGAAGAGUCUGGACUUGAGCGAGGGCUUCCAGGGCUCCCUGACGUGGCUGCCGGAAUCGCUGGGGCACUUGACGGAGCUUACAGAGUUGGACAUAUCGGGGCAGCAGCUGCAGACAAUUCCGGAAGCGUUGGCCGGCCUGUCCGGGUUGCGUAGCCUGAACCUGCGGUCCAACAAGCUGCGUGCGCUGCCCGACUCCGUGGGGCUGCUGACAAGCCUCACUUCCCUGGACGUGUCAAGCAACGACCUACACGACUUGCCCUCCACAUUGGGCCGGUGCAGCUCCCUUGAGGUGCUCCUUCUCGACUUCAACCAGCUGCCGGCCCUCCCCGAGGCCCUCUUCCACGACCUCCCGAACCUGCGCCGGCUGUCGGCCCACCUGAACAAGCUGCGCUCACUGCCGGCCUCCAUCGGACGGCUCUCUUCGCUCGAGGAGUUGGACGUGCACUUCAACCAGCUGCAACACAUCCCGGACGAGAUCGGCGCUUGCCGCAGGCUACGCGUUCUGAACCUGAGCUCCAACUUCGCUUCGCUCGAGCGCGUGCCUGACGAGAUUGGGAGUUUGGUGGUUCUGGAGACGCUGGACCUGAGCAACAACCAGCUGGACACGCUGCCGCUCUCCUUCGGCAGGCUGCGCAAGCUUCGAACGCUGCUGCUGGAGGGUAACCCGCUGAAGGACCCCCCCAGCCCGAUCGUCACCAAGGGCGCGCAAGCAGUGGUCGAGUACCUGGCGCUACAGCAGCGAUUAGCAGAAUCUGCGGAGCAGGGGGGUGCCGCUUUUGGAUGGUUCAACGGCUGGCUGGGAGGGGUGGCUGGGUUAGGGCUGGUGGAAUGGCUCCAAGGUUUGUUGGGGGGGGUCAACCGGAUGCUGACCACUUCAACGGGGGCCUGGCUGCUGGGGUGGACUCAGACCCCCGGCCCGAGAAGGAUCCAGGAGCCGGAGGGGAGACCGCUGGAAGAGUUGUGAGGGGCCCGGAGAGGGCGGAUGUGUCUGAGAGAAAUCGUUACAUAAGCAUAAGUGGUCUGAAGGAGCUAGCGGGUGUGUGGCACUUUGCAAAACGUAUCAAAAGUCACAAAUGUUGUAUCAUACUAGAAGCGGGUCGUUCUGGAUGUACAUUAUUACUAGUGGUCUUGAUACACUGCUUGGCUAUCAAACUUGUACAGCUUUUCUCGAGUCUUUUGUCGUUCAAUUGCAAACUAGAGGCCUCAUGACCCUUUGUUCGUUACACUAGGCGCACUCUUUUGGGCAAGUUGCAUGGCCGCGUCACAAGAAGAGAGCGUUAAACAUACAAUUGAGAGGUUGUCGCAUGAUAUUGCUGGAAUGGGCACACGUGACAUUGGUACCAGCAGGAGGACUCGAUGUCAAAAUGCAUG